UCACUUUCUCUGUUUGUCUGCACUUCACUUUCUUUGCGCUGUUUGAUUUCUGCUCUCUUUAUUCUUCCUGAGGUUUUUUUUAUCUGUUUUUUUAUCCGUGUCUCUCCUUCGCUGCCGGUUUCUGCUAGCAGCACUUGAGGCUAUUUUUUGUCACAGCUCCGUGUCCUCUGGUUUUUUCUGUGCCGUUGCUUUAAUAUUUGCCGCCUCGUCCUCGGAGGUUUUCCUCUUGCUGGUGUUGCUUCACCUGCCUCUCCUUCGCCUCGACAUCCGUCCACCCGUGGUUUCUCUGAGCAGCUCCUCUGCGAUGGGAAAAACUGAGCUGUACUCUCUGUGUAAAGGCUUUCUGGACUGUGUCUGCCUCUGCCUGUCUCGGAACAGCGAUGAAGCUGCAGGCGACGCCGAGCGUGACACCGAGAACGGUCACCUGAUCUACCAGAGCGGCGACGUCCUGGAGGACAGGUACGAGAUCGUCGACACGCUGGGUGAAGGGACCUUUGGGAAGGUGGUGCAGUGUUUGGACCACAGCAGAGGAGGAAGUCGAGUCGCCCUGAAGAUCAUUAAGAACCUGGAAAAAUACAGAGAAGCAGCCAAACUGGAAAUCAACGUUCUGGAGAAGAUCAGAGAAGCAGAUCCGACCCACAAACACAACUGUGUGCAGAUGCUCGACUGGUUCGACUUCUACGGCCACGUCUGCAUCUCCUUCCAGCUCCUGUCUCUCAGCACUUUCGACUUCCUCAAGUCCAACAACUUCCUCCCGUAUCCCAUCCAGCAGAUCCGACACAUGGCCCAGCAGAUCUGCCACGCCGUCAGCUUUCUCCAUGACAACCAGCUGACUCACACCGACCUGAAGCCGGAGAACAUCCUCUUCGUCAACUCCGACUACUCGCUGGUCUACAACUCGGAGAAGAAGUGUAACGAGCGGCGAGUGAAGGACAGCACGGUGAGGCUGGUGGACUUCGGCAGCGCCACCUUCGACCACGAGCAUCACUCCGUGGUGGUGUCCACGCGACACUACAGAGCUCCAGAGGUCAUCCUGGAGCUGGGCUGGACUCACCCCUGUGACGUGUGGAGCAUCGGCUGCAUCCUGUUUGAGUACUACGAAGGCUUCACGCUGUUCCAGGUCUGGAUGCACAACGAUGCAGGUACGCAGAGCGCCACCUGCUGUCCGAUCCUCACGCGUCCAUCUGUUCACCCACAGACUCACGACAACAAGGAGCACCUGGCCAUGAUGGAGAGGAUCCAGGGAGCGCUGCCUCAGAGGAUGGUCCAGAGGAGCAGGAAGCAGAAAUAUUUCCACCGCGGCCGUCUGGACUGGAACGAGUGCACCAAGGCUGGACGCCACGUCAGGUCCAAAUGCAAACCUUUAAAGAAGUACCUGCUGUCACACGGGACGGAGCACCACCUGUUCUUCGACCUGCUGGAGAAGAUGCUGGAGUACGAGCCGAGGAGGAGAAUCUCUCUGCCUUCAGCGCUGAACCAUCCCUUCUUCUUAUACCAGCCGGGCCGGAACCAGAGCUGGAGGAGCAGCAGUGACGCCAGCAGAUGAUCCGAGCGGACCGGCGAGGUUCUAAGGUUCUGGUUGCUCGUCUACCCGUCAUGGAAACGUCACACCUCAGCCAGGAGGAACCCGUCUGAAAAGAGGCUGUAAAAAGUUUGUAGGACGUUAAUUAGAAAGUAAAGUUAAAGAAAAGUUCUGCCUGAAAAACGGACCUGAGGAGCAACCUGGAGCUGAAGGCCCCGCCCAUCGGAUUUGUGAUUGGUUGGCAGAGAGGAAGUGAUGCGAUGCAAGCAAACGUAGCUGAGCUGCGUUUCGUUUCGUUCUAAGAAACGUGUUUUUGUGGAGACGGUCGGAGAACGAGGACUUGGAGACGACACCAGAACAGAACCGGUCUAUCCUGGUCUUCCCUGAUAUGCAGAUGUAGAACCAGCUCUGGAGCAGAGACAUCUUUGUCCCCUAAGACUGGUUCUGAGAGCGACUCCACAGGUUCCACAGGUUCCUGCAGUCAGAACAUGAACAAAGGUUUGAACGACUCUGAAGGUUCCUGCAGUGGGGCUGAGGUGAUGAAACUUCUUUACGUGAGACUGUGACACAGAGCAGAACCUCAGGAGGCCGGUUCAAGGAAGCCACAGAAUCGCUUCGGUCCGCUGGACUUUAAACCUGAUUUACUCUGAACAGUUUCCAGGUCCUCCUCUGUUUCUUGUUCAUUCCUGUUUUGCACCAAGAUGAUUAACGAGCAGAUGUUGGCUGGAAUUAAAACCCACCUGAUGUUCACUGUGAAAUUCAAACAAGUUUUAAUCGAAUUUAAAGCAAACUGACCUCAGAUCAGGAGCCUUCAUCAUGAACUACAUGCUUGUAAAAAAUCACAAAUAAGCCCAUAUUUACAAUAUAUGUUUUCUCAGUGAUGUUCUGAGAACCGUUUAUAAACUCCAGAACUCUGAUUGGAUCAGAGCUUCUACCAGUGUUUCAGGUUUUGUUGCUCAGUCAGUUCUGGAAGUUUAGCAGAACCAACCGUGUUUUGAGAAUAUUUCAUGUCUGGUUCUGUGUUACUGUGACCUGUAGCUACAUGUGGGUCAGAACACAUCACGAGCUCACUUCUGCUUUAUCGGGUCUUUGUUAAUGAGCUUAAAUAUGAUGACUGCUGUCCAACAUGACAGAUUCUGGAUCAGCGACAUGAUGACAAACAACAGAUCUCAGAUCCAGAGUCAACCUGCUGGACGUGGAUCAUGUUUAAGACUUUUUUUGAUCUGAUCAUUUUCGAUCUAAAAUUUCACAAAUAUUUUCAUAAAUAGCCUCAAUUUAUUCAAUAACAACUUCAGCCAAAUCAGAGCCGGUCAAGCAGAAGUUCUACCGCUGUGCUGAUCUGAGGUCAGUUCUGUAGUAAAUAGACACGAUGAGUCCUUUAAGACCGACAGUAGAUCAAAUCUGCUAAAUAGAGAAAUGAAAAUCUUUCAAACGUGUCUCUGAACUUUAGAGGAUAUAUUCUGUAGAUGCAGAAACUGGACCUGUGUGGUUCUGAGCUGUCAAAAAGUCAUUUGUGUGUUUUUUGUAAUAAAUUUUGUAUGAACCGA